AUGGCAACCUACAUUGGCCCGAAGGCCUUUGCUGUGUUUGCUGUCAUCCUGAUCCACUGUUGUGAUCAGACAGGUUAGUAGCAUAGUAUGUAUUACCAUUCUCCAAAUCUUCAAUAUCGGGUUUCCAUCAUAGGCAGCGAUGAAGAAUAUUACUCGAAGGAUUUCACGUCAAACUACCUGAAAAACAUAACAAGAUCUCCGACGUUUCAAAACGUCCUUGUUAUAUUUUUCAGAUAUACGUUGAAGAAUAUCAUCUACUGUAAAAUCUUGGGGUUUCAGUGUAGGUGAUAUUCUACAGUAUUCAUAUUAUUGCUUGAAGGAACACGCUGUCUAAAAAGCGCAGGAAGAACUUUAACAUGUUUUGCUGUAAAGACUAAAGGACACCGUUUUUUCCUUGCUAAUUGUUGCAUUCUUGAAGCAAGUAGCUUGUUAUUCAUAUCGACUGUAAUCUAUACUUUAUGUCUUCCGAUGCCGGAAGCGAAAUAUUUUGGCGUGAAAAUUUUUUAAUAUUUUUUUUAUUAAUUAAGCGUCUAUCUUCCAGUGUAUAUAUUCCAUUUUAGGAAGUAUGGGAAUCGAAUGACCCAUGUACUUGUUUAAACCCUCGAAAUAGUAAAUAAUAUAUCGUGUUAAGAUAGGUUAUGAAUGAAUUAUUUGCAGUAUACAAUGUCAAUGAGACAGCGUCACAAUGUGGUAUACUGCCUUCGUUCGCUGACUUAAUUAACUGUGAUAGAUUAUUUAGCCAAUGGCUUGCUAUAUCCAACAAACAAACUCCCUUCGUUUUGAUAGCAAUUUGUCACCUAUUCUGAAAUGCAACUAUUUGUGACUUCGUGACUGUUGUGAUUAUACAUUUGGAUGCUAUUAUUGUAAAUUCCUCUAGCCUAGGCAUUGUCAUGUAUAAUUAUAUAUCAAACACUUGGUCUUGGAGCAAAGGAGCCCGAAUCUUGCUAGCUUCAAACAUUUGAAGCUUUAAAAUCAAGAUUACCCUACAAGAUGUAUUUCAAAAUCUAUUUGUCAGCUAGUGUCAUAUUUCACAUAAACUUUCAUUUUGUGCUUAGUUUGGAAGGCCAGGGCACUUAUAUAUUAGGAAGGGGGACUACCUACAUUGAAAAUCAGCGCCCUGUUGAAAACUAACAAUUUGUCAACUAAACGCUAAGUCCUUCUUUUGUUGUCGGUGAAGUGUUUACAAACCACUGUCUUGUGAGUUUAUGUCAAUUUAUAUAGUGGUUAACUAGGUUCAUAUAUUUUGAUUGUGUUUCGUUAGAAUUUUGGCGUGGUUUUGUAUUAUCGUCUAUGUUGCCUCGAUAAAUCCAACAUAAAGAGUAGAAACUGGACUGGUUUAUGCAGCAUAGCUCGAAUAGUUUGAUUGCUAGCUUUAGUAAUCGAAAAGCUUGUAUAAAUAAUUUGACAUAAGAAGAAUGUGCAGUCUUUCAAGACCCCUACCUACGCAAGGAAUCGGAAUUUUAGAUAAUUUAUAUAAUUGCUUCUCAAUUUAAAAAUGCGUAAUCGCAUCAAAGAGUCUUUGCGCUUUUAAUUAGGACUGUACCGGAAUUUGAAACGAAAAGGAGAAACAAUGAUUGAAUAUUUUGCCAAACGUAUUUCCUGGUGUGAAAGUUUAAAUUCUUGAUAUUGAUAGCAGCAGCUACCCACAUGGUUUAAAUAUAUUGUUUUGCUUUCAUAUAUAUUGAUGUUACAAAAGGAUACUUUGUUAAUAUUGAAACUUGUUUUCAAUCUUUCAUGAGAUUUCGCUUUUGACCAUAGUGGAGAUAUCGGCUGUAAAAAUUCCUAGCCCUACGACCGUAACUACAGGAAUUGAAAUCCAUAGAAUGAAGAUCUCUUAAUUAGAUUGUAUUAGGUAGUGUCAACAAUAACAAGCUUUCGUUGAUAGGGAUGUGCAACUACUUGAACAAUACAAGCAGAACUUGAAUAUAUUGAUUAGACCUUGCUAAACAUGCAAAUGAGUCGAUCGUAUAAAUGAAAGUGCAUCACAGCACGAUUAAUAUAGAUCUCUGUAGAGAUCAGAGUUUGCAGUCACGCGAGCUUGGUUAGCUGUUCUUAAUACUUUCCCAACAUUAUCAUGUAUUCUAUUCGAGGUAAAACGUAGUUGGAACACUCAUCAAAUCUUUAUUUUGGUAAUCCAGAGCUUGAAACGUCCCCCCCGGCGUAACAAAGCGUCAUUGCCAAUUCUCAUCACCUGACCGGUGCUAAAAGGAUUAUGCUUACGAAGGCGAAACCACUCUAUCAUUCGCGCUUUCACGCCUACGCCCCGUGCUCGUUUGUUUGUUUUCAAAACAUGAAUUUGCUAAAUAUUUUCAGAGCAUAUCAAUUUUAUAAAUGUGUUUUUCUUUUUAUGAUUAUGAUUUUGCGCAUUCCAUGGGCGCAUUUGCGCUCUUUACUUCCUUCAUAUGCUGAGAAUGGUUGCGCACGGAAAGAUAUGAAAAAUAUAAAGAUAUGUAUUUUAGAAGCGACAAUUUAUUGAAAUCUUUCCUUCAGCUGAAGAACACUCUCGAGAGAAUGAAUAUUGUUGUUCAACGGAACUCGCGAAUUAAUAUAAGUUGGAAGAUAUAACUGUCACAUGCUGCAUCGGAAUUCAUUUCCUCAUGUAUUCUCGGAAUAACACUCAACAGCCUGCGAAAUCGAUUCCCGUAAACCCACUCUGUGGAAGACUUUUUAAAAUGGCAUUUCGUUAUCUUAUACGUCGAUGUUUAUCUCUGUUAAAACGGAAAAAUCUCAAGCAUGUUUGUUGAUUAAGACUGGCCGGGAUUCAUUCUUUCAUGUCAAUAACAACAUGGGAUUUCAACUCCAGGAAUUAUGAGUUCUAGUGUAGAUUGUGAUAAACAAGAAUUUUCCGGCUUGGGCUUACCAAUAUUGGCAAUAACUCCAGCUGUAUGUUGAGCUAUGAAAUAUGAAACCUCAGAUAAAUUCCUUGUAUAGCUGCACUUGGCAAUAAUACGUUAUUAUUAUAUCAAACUAUUUUUUCUCAUUUCUUAAUCUUUACAAAAUAAGCAACGUGAUAUGGGUCCCCUACUGGUGAAUAUUACAUUCCUGGGGAAAUUGAAACAAUUUUGCGUCGCAUAAUUAACAAAAACAACAAAGAGAGCGAAUUUUAGUCUGUUGCUAAGAUCCAUUGUCACCUGUCGAAACUUAAACCUGGAUCUUUAUCAAUGCAAAUAUAUUAUUCAAAUCAUUUCGAGUAUAUUACAUUUUGUAUCCAGCUGGCGCUAUUGUUGAAGUACCUACAGCCUAUAUCCUUCCUUUGGCUUUGAAGUUCCCUAGUUUUUCGUUUCAGAUUUUCGGCGGGCAGGUUACUAGGGACACUAGGGAGCAGUACGAUGCCGACAACGAACAACGGGUACGGAGUACGUACGGUUGAAAGCUUGUUUUCACAUUGCUUUAACAGAGGCAGACAAAAUUUACAUAUCCCAGAGCAUACUUUUCACCGUAGCGACCUUGGCUACAGCGUAAAAAUUACAUUCUUGUGUUGUAGAACAGAAUCAAGAACAUGGCACAUUAGCACCGAAACUGACUACGCAACGUUGUAGGUUGGAGAGUAUUUUUAUAAAGAAAUGAUGAAAAUUAAAAGAUGAAACUUGUGCCGAACACAAAACCCCCAUGCAUAAAACAUAUUUGGGAUAAAUUUAUUAUGACAAGCAUUUAGUAUUUGCACACAUAUAACAAAAACUAUUUUAAAAGUAGUCGGUAUAGUUUGUCGUCAUCAUCUUACUAUACUUUGAAGUCUACCUACUGCUACAGCCUGACCAUCCCUUUGGCUUUGAAGUUCUGCACUUUUCUCAGGAAUUCGCUUUCCAUGAGAUUUCACGCGGUCCUUUUCAGAAACCCUGCGGUUUACAUAAUCGAAGUACUAUUUGAAUCCAGACACAUAUCUACAGUAAUGUUUUUAUCAGGAAAAAUCUAAAUGCUCCUAGGCAGAUACUUUGCAAAGGAACACAGCUUUUAUAGAAUGGUCUAGACUUGGAUAUGUUGUAUAAUUAUAUACUUUGCCGCUUUAAUUAGUAUGUGUCUCAGCAAGUUUAAAAUUUUUCCUGAGUUUUCGAUACAAUUCUCAAGACAGAGUCAGAGUUUCAUAUAAUGAUCGAUACGGACUUGCAGGAAGAACAGUUUAGAACUGAUAGAGCUAUCCAGUAUUAACAAAGUUAGUUUAGUUUAUGUUUCCUCCUGUAGUAACACUGGAUAAUAAUUACCUUACUGGACCUCUAAGACCGUAGGGAGAAAAGUUUAGAACUGAUAGAGCUAUCCCGUUUAAAUAAAGUUAGUUUAGUUUAGUUUCCUCCUGUAGUGAUACUGGAUCAAUAAGAGAUGAUCCUUACUGGACCUCUAGGAAGGACAGUUUAGAACCGAUAGAGCUAUCCAGUAUAAAUAAAGUUAGUUUAGUUUAGGUUUCCUCCUGUAGUAACACUGAAUCAAUAAGAGAUGAUCCUUACUGGACCUCUAGGAAGGACAGUUAGAAUUGAUAGAGCUAUCCAAUAUAAAUAAAGUUAGUUUAGUUUAGUUUCCUUCUGUAGCAACACUGGAUCAAUAAGUGAUGAUCCUUACUGGACCUCUAGGAAGAACAGUUUAGAACCGAUAUAGCUAUCUAGUAUAAAUAAAGUUGGUUUAGUUUAGUUUCCUUCUUAGGAACACUGGAUCAAUAAGAAAUUAUCCUUACUGGACCUCUAGGAAGAACAGUUAGAACUGAUAGAGCUAUCCAAUAUAAAUAAAGUUAGUUUAGUUUAGUUUCCUUCGGUAGCAACACUGGAUCAAUAGGAGAUGAUCCUUACCGGACCUCUAGAAAGAACAGUUAGAACCGAUAGAGCUAUCCAAUAUAAAUAAAGUUAGUUUAAUUUUACUUUACUGUGAAAUCUCGGUUAAUCUUUUAUCUGGCAAGAUUUUAAAAAUAUUUUCAUGUUUGAACAUGUCCAUUAUUCAAAUGAAUUUUGAUAAAAGAAAGAAUGAGGAAAUCAACUGUAGACAUGUCUCCCACAUUGUUUCACUUUCCAAACAUUCUUCCUGUUUGCUCAAGGAUUAUCUUGCCAAAAUAUAUUUGACGCACGGCGAGGGCGUACAUGGGGAGAUUUUGCUCUUUUGGUAACGGGGGGGGGGGGAAGUUUGAUAUUUUUACGCACGUGAUUUUGUUUCACAAUGACGCGACCUUUUUUUUUGGGGGGGGUGGGGGGCGUUAUGGAAAUUCCUCCAGUAUGGGGGCGGAACCUCGUAAUCAUCUAUGACAUAAAUAAAUAUACUUAUGACAUAAUACAUAUAUAUGACAUAAUAAAAUAUACUUUCAAAUUAUUAUAAAACGUGUCUAAAAUGAACGAAAUAGCAUUUCGCAGACCAUAAAAAUACAGUUUCCGGGGGACUAUUCUUCGGAAGGCCGGACUCCCUAGUUGUUCUGUGUAUGCGAUGAUUGGACCCUUUGGGCUGGUGUAAUGGUACCCCACAUUUGAGAUAUCCUCGCUAAAUAUGGUUGUUUGUUUUUCCAGUGGCUCAGAAUACUAGUAGUAUUUUAACAACAUCUAUUGGAGAUUCAAGUACCCAAGUUCCAAAUGUUUCUCCUGCUUCUACUCCAACUACUGUUGCAACUCCAGUUUCUGUUAUGACAUCAGCUGCUGUUACACCUGUUACACCUUCAGCUUCUGCUACAACCCAAUCUCCAUCUACUAGUCCUGUUACUGCUGGUUCAACAGCAAACCCACCUACACAAGGUAUUACAUAAAGUCAUAAACUAAACUAAAUAUGAGAGACUUAACUUUGGUUCACAAUUUCUAGCUAGGAUCACGCCUACAAUUUGCUUUAGGAUUAGGGAUUAGGCUUAAAGAUUAAGGUUGGUUAAGAUUACGGCUGGUUUGGUUAAUGUUAGGGUUAGUUAAGAUUAGGGUUGGUUAAGAUUAGGGUUGGUUAACGUUAGGAUUGGUUACAGUUACCGUUAGGGUUGGUUACAGUUAGGGUUGGUUAAGGUUAGGGUUGGUUAAGAUUAGGGUUGGUUAGGAUUAGGGUUGGUUACAGUUACGGUUAGGGUUGGUUACAGUUAGGGUUGGUUAAGGUUACGGUUAAGGUUAGGGUUGGUUAAGGUUAAGGUUAGGGUUGGUUAAGAUUAGAGUUGGUUAAGGUUAGCGUUGGUUAAGAUUAGGGUUAGGGUUGGUUAAAAUUAGGGUUGGUUAAAGGUUGCUUAGGUUAUGAUCACUGCAUUAUGACUGGAUGACACGGAAAACAGUGGGAUUUUCAAAACAAUGAAAAGACAAUGGAACAUUCUGAUCAGUGGAUCAUGACUGGAUGGCAUGGAGAACAGUGGGAUUUUUAAAACAAUGAAAAGACACUGAACAUUCUGAUCACUGGAUCAUGGCACUGCUGUUGUGUUAAAUGUGAUGAUGCAGAAGUCCAGACUGUCUGUUUUUUUUUUAUUGAUUUUCGUAUAUUGUUUGAAAAUGAUAUGAAUGGUUAUCAACGGUCUUGUAAAUAAAAGAAAAUACGCAAAACGGCAGCUCUAAGCUGUUCGAGUUGAAUUUUAAAGUUUUGGGGGUAUUUUACUGUUGUGUUGAGUGUGAUGCGGAAGUCUUACUUAAUGUGUUAAUGUCUAUUUUUAUACUGUAUUUAGGUCCUUCACAAAGUUCACAAAGUUCACAAGGUUCUCACCUUCCGAACUUUCCAAUAAUCUCUCACCGCAGUCAUGAAGAGGCUGAGAUAGAAUACGAAGGUUAUGAUGGCUUUUACAACAACAGAGCUCAUCCUGAAUGGGGCGCUGUUGGUAUGUUGGUAUACACGUUUUAAUUAUGUGCAUUGCUGGCUUUUUUUUAUAUAAACUUUUCUUAAAAUGUUUCCCUCAAAAGCCGUAGGCUUAUCAAGUAAAUGGUUUUUGGUAAAAGAUUCAUUAACUCAAGAUUCUUGGUAAAAAAUUUCCUGAUUCGACCAUUAAAAAGUAAAAAAAAAUUUAAUAACCAACCUCAGAUAUCAUUCAGGAACUACACCCACCCCUGGUCAAAAACGUUACAAAAGGAUACCAUUCAAUUGUCACACAUGUCUUUUAACACUUCUGUGACACGAGUUUGAUAACUGCUUGUGCAAUUUUCUGCAGUCUAAAGUUUCAUGUUGUCUGCACAUGUACUUUCUUUGGAGACUCUAUUUACGUGACAAAUUGGAAAAUGAUCAAGAAGAUAGUGACUCUGAUUGAUUUACAUAUUGUAUUGACAUGCGACUGUUGACAUUGCUUUUUAGUCUUCAAUAUUUGAGUGAGCCAUGCUUUGGAAAUGACAAUAGACUUUUACGUAUUACCCAACCAUUGAGUUGUUUGGUUUUUCAUUUACCCAUUCUUUUACUCACUCAAAAUUUUGUUUACCCAACGCUUUUCUCUUCGGUGCCACCCCGCCAUAAAUAGUACAUAUAGACUACUACAUAUAAUGAAAAGAAUGAACAUUAUUUUCUCACUCUGGUAACUGCAGGUUCACCGCCAUUUACUGCACGAUAGUGCUUAGUGAAACCAUGGAUAUUAAAAUACAUGGAUAGGAAACUAGCUGACGUGACUUAAUGUUUUCAAUUGGGGGGGGGGGGGGGCGAUGGCGUUGAAACCUAGUUGCAAACCAAAUUCUCAAAAACGGCAUGUUUAGCGAUAAUACAACUAGACAUUUUAGCCAAAUAGCAAAUAAAUAUAACUAGGCCAUUCUACGAUGAAAUCUCUAGGUAUUUCCAGUCAAUUUUAGCAAAUAUUUCAGGUACUAAACAAAAUAAAAUAAAUGGAUAGGAAACUAGCUGACGUAACCUAAUGUUUUCAAUGGGCUGAUGGCGUGGUUGGAUGUUGGAAACCUAGUUGCAAACCAAAGUCUCAAAAACGGCAUGUUUAACAAUAAUACAGCUAAACAUUUUAGUCAAAGAGCAAAUAAAUACAACUAGGCCAUUCUACGAUGAAAUCUCUAAGUAUUCCCGGUCAAUUUUAGCAAAUACUUCAAGCACUAAACAGUGAAAAAUGCAUCGCAAAUUUCGUUAAAAUUGGCGACGCCAAUUUCGUAGCUACAAAUGUAAAAAAAAUACAAAACAAAGACGAAAAACAUUUACCUUGAAUACUUUGUCGUGGCUUAGGCAUGUUUUUAAAACAAUUUAAGACCAGUUUAUGCUUCAAUAUUACUCUUUUAAAGCGGAAAAUAUAGCGAAACAACAAAAAUGCUGAGAACUUUGGCAAUACACGUGACGUCACAGAUUGCAACUAGGUUUAGACGGUGACGUCAGGAAGUUUCCUAUCCAGUAAUUUUACAAUCCAUGGUGAAACACAUCUUAGGCAAUGUAUCAAACCACUUAAAUUACGCAAAUUCAAAAUGUCACUCAAUCUUUUCCAGACAUGCCGCUGACUCGACGCGUGCCGUCUCAUUACGAAGAUGGCGUGUACCAACCUUCCGGCGCAACUCGCCCCAAUCCCCUGACACUGAGUCAAGAGCUGAUGAAAGGUGACUUUGGGGAAUUCCCUGACGAAGGUGCUAAAAACAAAAGCACUCUUUUGGUGUUCUUUGGUGAGUAUUUGACAGACUAAAUUAGCCAUUCCGAAGUCGAUGAGUUCACUGGAGACGAGUGUUAAAAAGUGCCCAAAUUAAGAAAUGAACCAAAUCACUAAAACGACCACCUCAAAAUUAGUAAGUAUACAAAGUUUGAAGACGUUUACAUGAAUACCCUUCGAAUAAUAAGCUUUCGAAAAUUGUGAAAUUACUGAUUAAAAGAUUGUUUUUGGGACGCGCGUCCCAAAAAACAAACAGUACUAACAGUGCAUUUCAUAGUAAAUAUCGCGAUUUUCGAAAGCUUAUUAUUCGAAGAGUAUUUAUGUAAAUGUCUUCAAAGUUUGUCGACUUACCAAUUUUGAUUAACAUUCAUCCCCAGUCAACUUCGGAAUGACUAAUUUGCCGAAGGAUUUGGAAUGUCUGUGAAUCUGCGAAAGAUUCGUACUUUAUUUUUACUGAAUAGCUUUAUCAGUUUUCAAUUGUUUCCUAGAGGUUCAGUAAGGAUGAUCUCUUAUUGAUCCAGUGUUAUUAUAUAAAGAAACCUGAACUAAACUGACUUUAUUUAUACUAGAAAGCCGUUUCAAUUCUAAACUGUUUUCUCUACAGGUCCUGUAAGGAUCAUCUUUAAUUGAUCCAGUGUUACUAUAGGAGGACUUUAUUAUACUGGAUAGCUCUAUCAGUUCUAAACUGUUCUUCCUAGAGGUCCAGUAAGGGUCAUCUUUUAUUGACCCAGUGUCACUACAGUUAGCUUUCUUUAUACUGGAUAGCUCUAUCAAUUCUAAACUCUUCUCCCUAGAGGUCCGUAAGGAUCAUCUCUUAUUGAUCUAGUGUUACUACAGGAGGAAACCUAAGGGCAAAAAAAAUAUAUGUGGGUUUCCUAUUUCUUCUUAUAAAACCUUAGGUAGGGUAGGUCGGUUUUAACUUUUUUUAAAACUUUUUUUUUAAUUUUCUUAACAACCGGACGCCAUUUUGUUUGAUCAGUGCUUCCACAUCGAAAAAUAGAUUUCCCUAAUAUUGCCUCAAAUUUCAAUUUUCCACAAAGGUUUUCCCUAAGUGGAAACACUUACAACCAUGAUGCAAUAAAAAAGUUUAGGGUCGGUAUUUCGACGUCCAAAAGCUAGGUAGGGUCGGGAAACCGGAAACCACAUUUUUUUGCCUAACUUUAUUUACACUGGAUAGCUCUAUCAUUUCUAAACUGUUCUUCCUAGAGGCCCAGUAAGGAUCAUCUGUUUCUUUUAAAGAAAUUUGCUCGGUCGCACACUUUGCAUCUAAGCGCAAUUUGUCCGUUGUUUGCUAAAAUUUAAAGCUAAUUGUGAGCUGUUUUGUAAGUUUCAGUUUCAGCUUGGUGUUAGUUGUUUGUCAUAUAAGAUAUUUUGUUAAGAAUACGGGAAAAUGUGCGGAGUAAGUUUACCUCAAUCAGUAAAUAUAAUUUUACGAGUGAAAAGGAAAAAAGUAAAGCAAAAAUCAUGUACAAAUUAUUGAAGAAUAUGGGACCGAGUCACUCACUAAUCUCUUCACAUAUAAGGGCGAGAUUACAAACUUCGGAACAUUUCAAGUAGUUUUUGUUUACCACAACCGCGUAAUAAUAAUAUGAAAAACAUUUUAUGUAUGACGGAGCAUAUCUUUGGAAUUCUAUUCCAAAAGAAAUUAGAGAGAGCAAAUUCCUUUGUUAUUUUCGAAAGAAAAUCGCACUUGAAUGAUAGCUAAUGUGAAUAUAGAUCAAUAGAUGUGCCUGUAAAUAGAUUAUUAUACUAGUUAAUUGCGUUAUGUAUACUACUAAAGGUACUCACCAAUCUCUUCACAUAUAAGGACGAGAUGACAAACUUCGGAACAUCUCAAGUAGUCUUUGUUUACCACAACCGCGCGUACUAAUAAUAUGAAAAAAGUUUUAUGUAUGACGGAGCAUAUCUUUGGAAUUCUAUUCCAAAAGAAAUUAGAGAGAGCAAAUUCCUUUGUUCCUUUCGUAAGAAAAUCGCUAUUCACAUUGAUUGAUAGCUUAUGGUGAUAUAGAUGUACCUGUAAAUAGAUUACUAUACUUGUUAAAUGUGGUUAAAUAUAUUUAAGCAAGGUUAACGGCGGAUGUUUUAUGCAGGCUACAUCCGCUGAGGGGAGUCCGUGACGUCAUAUCGAUCCAGGGGAUUGUUUAGCGUCUUGUGAUCAUUGCUUUGGUCUGGGUAUUCGUUCUGCCAUUGUAUGCUUUGCCUAGUUGCAGCAAAUUUAGCGCCUCGUUACUUUUUCACCACCCACCCACCCAUAGUAUUCUAGAGGAUUUUAUCUGGUAGUCUAUCGGUAUUUUUUUUUUGGGGGGGGGGUUGUUUCGUUGUUUUUUUUUGUUGGGGUUUUUUAUAUAGUUUUUAAUCUCACAGGAAAUAGGAUGUAUAGGCCACUAUACAUUGUAUUUCGUUUCCACUGACUUGUCAGUGUGACUGGUGCCGGAGGUAUGCCUUGGCAGAAUUGUCAUGGCUAUUUCAUCGCUAAUAUUACUGAUUGUUGCUCUUGUUGUUGCUGCGCAGCUGCUAUGGCAAUACUUCUUGCCAUCAAGGCUAGUUGCGGCCUUGGACCACAAACGGCACCUACCUCCAAACACUAAUACUCUGCCUUUAUUACGUUAUAAUAUUAUGUAUUUCUUGUAUAAUUUUGUAAAUAGCUUCUAAAAUUCUGUAUAUGUACACUUUUGUACACGCCCCUUGUGGAAAUCAACUUCGGUUGACGGGGUCAGCGUAUUUAAAUAAAGUUUUUCUAUCUAUCUAUUUUCAGGGCAACAAGUUGUGGAAGAAGUGCUCGAUGCUCAACGCCCUGGCUGUCCACCAGAAUAUUUCAAUAUUGAUAUUCCUGAUGACUACACAACAUAUCAUGUCGCUGGCAAUCCGAAGAUUAUUCCUUUACUGAGGUCUAGGUAUCACAUGGGCACCGGCUCCUCGCCUAAUAACCCUAGGCAACAGGUGGGUUUUGUUUCAUUCGUAAUAUGUAGGGCACUAUAGGGUGUUAUUCUACAAGAAUAGUCAUGGUGAUGAUCUUGGUGUUGGUGAUGGUAAUGAUGAUGGUGUUGAUGAUGAUGAUGAUGAUGGUGAUGUUCGUAAUGAUGAUGAUGGUGAUGAUAAUGAUGAUGGUGAUGAUAAUGAUGAUGGUGAUCAUGAUCAUGAUGAUGAUGAUGGUGAUGGUGAUGGUAAUGGUGAUGGUAAUGGUGAUGAUGUUGGUGAUGAUGUUGGUGAUGAUGAUGGCGAUGAUAAUGAUGAUGAUGAUGGGGAAGGUGAUGAUAUUGGUGGUGGUGAUGAUAUUGGUGGUGGUGAUGAUAUUGGUGGUGGUGGUGAUGAUGAUGGUGAUGAUGAUGAUGAUGGUGGUGAUGAUGAUGAUGGUGAUGAUGAUGGUGAUGAUGGUGGUGGUGAUGAUGGUGAUGGUGAUGAUGGUGAUGAUGGUGGUGAUGAUGAUGAUGAUGGUGAUGAUGGUGGUGAUGAUGAUGAUGAUGGUGAUGAUGAUGAUGGUGGUGAUGAUGGUGGUGAUGAUGAUGAUGAUGAUGAUGAUGGUGAUGAUGAUGGUGGUGGUGGUGAUGGUGGUGGUGAUGAUGAUGAUGGUGGUGACGAUGAUGGUGGUGAUGAUGAUGGUGGUGAUGAUGAUGAUGAUGAUGAUGGUGAUGAUGAUGGUGAUGGUGGUGAUGAUGGUGAUGGUGAUGAUGGUGAUGAUGGUGAUGAUGAUGAUGAUGGUGAUGAUGAUGGUGAUGAUGGUGGUGAUGAUGAUGAUGAUGGUGAUGAUGAUGAUGGUGGUGAUGAUGGUGGUGAUGAUGAUGAUGAUGAUGAUGAUGAUGAUGGUGAUGAUGAUGGUGGUGGUGGUGAUGGUGGUGGUGAUGAUGAUGAUGAUGAUGAUGGUGAUGAUGAUGGUGGUGACGAUGAUGGUGGUGAUGAUGGUGGUGAUGAUGAUGAUGAUGAUGAUGGUGGUGAUGAUGGUGGUGAUGAUGAUGGUGAUGAUGAUGGUGGUGAUGAUGGUGGUGAUGAUGAUAUGAUGAUGAUGGUGGUGGUGAUGGUGGUGGUGAUGAUGAUGAUGAUGAUGAUGAUGAUGGUGGUGAUGAUGAUGGUGGUGAUGAUGGUGGUGAUGAUGAUGAUGAUGAUGAUGGUGAUGAUGAUGGUGGUGGUGAUGGUGGUGGUGAUGAUGAUGAUGAUGAUGGUGAUGAUGAUGGUGGUGAUGAUGGUGGUGGUGAUGAUGAUGGUGGUGAUGAUGGUGAUGGUGGUGUGGUUAUAAAACACCCAUUAAAUUCAUAUAGAUGAUUCUAUGCACUCUUUCUCUCACUGUAGCUGAAUGAGAUCACUCCCUGGAUUGAUGGAGGACUCAUGUAUGGUGUUGCGAAGGCGUGGGCUGACGCUCUGAGAAGUUUUAAAGAUGGCAAACUAGCAACGAGCAAGAAAGGGAAUUGGCCUGAAGAGAACGACAUUGGCUUACCAAUGGCGAACCCGCCACCACCUGCUAAUCAUAAGUUGAUGGAUGCCACAAGAUUCUUCAGUAAGUUUUUACGAGACUUGUUUUUGAUUGUGCAUUUGUUGUUGUAUCAUUGGCUUCGGUUGGCGCAAUCGUCGGAGAAAGCACCUUAUCGUGGGUUAGAUUCUUGCUGCGUAAUUGCCCACUUCGGAACUUUCAAAAAAAUUUUCAUUUUUUUGCCCACCCCGCAACGUUCAAAAAAUGUUUCAUUUUUUUGCUAACCCCACAACUUUCAAAAAUUUUUCAUUUUUUUGCCAACCGCGGAAGUUUCAAAAAAUUUUCAUUUUUUUGCCUACCCCGUAACUUUCAAAAUAUUUUCAUUUUUUGCGCACCCCGGAACUUUCAAAAAAUUUUCAGUUUUUUGCCAAUACUGGAACUUUAAAAAAAAAGUGCUUGGUGAUCAGACAUGAGUCAUAAGAGGCAGCAUCCGUAGAAAGCCUUUGACUCGAUCACGUUUGAGCUGCGUCCUUCGUAGUUCCUCUUAUCUCUCAACUGGAAGUUAAAGUGUAUAUGACAUGAAAUUUCUUAUUUUCUUAAAUGAAAGAACUCUUUAAGUUGUAGUGCAACUUAUUUUUCAGUUUCUUGUUUUUAUGGUUUGUUCCCGAGAUAUUUCAAUUUGUUUGAUAUGUAAAUGAGUGUGAAUAUGUCCGCUAAUUUAUGACGUCACGUUGGUUGCAAGCUCAACUUACACUGGUUAUAAAUCUAUUAACUCUAAAAACCGUAGAAAGCUGUUCACGUUUUUCUACAGUGUUUCAGGCAUUAAAAUAGCGUGUCCUUGUACACACUUUGUGUCCUUGUAAAAGGCGAAUGUGCCCUUGUAAAAUGAAAAGUGUGUACUUGAAAAUAUAUUAAACUGAAAAUAUAUUAAUGUAAUCCACGCAAAAUUGCCAAAGAUUUCUCAGAACUCUGGAAAUGCCAUUUCAGAGACCCCCUUAAAAGCUCGCGUUUUCAACGUUAAACUUGUGGCUUCGGCACUCGUUCUCGUGAGUCUGCGCAUUUAUACCAAAAACACGCCUUUGAAGGCAAAGUGUGUCCUUGUAAAAAUUCCGUAUUUUAAUGCCUGCAGUGUUUCAUCACAUUUACCAGUGAGGGAAGUUUGAAAUUAUCAUCUUGGAUGAUAGCAGUGAUAUUCAACCAUUUUGAAGAGCUUGCAACCAUCAUGACGUCAUAAAUUAGCGGACAUAUUCACACUCAUUUACAUAUCAAACAAAUUGAAAUAUCUCGGGAAUAAAUUGAAAUAUCUCGGGAUCAAGUUACACUACAGCUUAAAGAGUUCUUUCAUUUAAGAAAAUAAGAAAUUUCAUGUCAUAUGCACUUUAAGAUGAUUAGCCCCCGAUUUACUUGCUUUCUAAACUGUUCUUCCUAGAGGUCCAGUAAGGAUCAUCUCUUAUUGACCCAGUGUUACUACAAGAGGAAGACUGGUCAUGAAUUUGAAUGGUUUAUAAAUCUCAUUUCAUUAAAAUAUUUUGCCUUCAAAAUUGGGUUGCUGAAUAGACCUUUCCCCUUUUAAGUGAAAUUUUGAUCUGCACUAGCCUGGACAACAAUUUCAUCACAGCUUGAAAGAGCAUCACAAAAUUAGUAAUAUUCCAAAGUUUCGUUGCGAAAUGUUGUAAAAUGUGGACAAUAUAGCCUUGCGAAGUUUGCCGUUUUUCAAACGGGAAAUUGAUAAUCAGUUUGAUCAUCUGAUUAUCAAUUUCCCAUUUGUAAUAAAAAUGACUGAAAAACGGCAAACUUCGCAAGGCUAUAUUAUUCGCAUUUUACAACAUUUCGCAACGAAAUUUCGGAAUAUUACUAAUUUUGCGAUGCUCUUUCAAGCUGUGAUGGAAUUUUUGUCCAGACUUGUCUAGAUCAAAAUCUCACUUGAAAGGGGAAAGGUCUAUUCAAUAGGAUGCUACAUCCAGUCCAUGUUAACUGUUUAUCUUUCUAGAGCUGGGAAACCCUCGUGGCAACGAAAAUCCAUUUUUGUUAACCUUCGGAAUCAUGUGGUUCCGUUACCACAACGUAAUUGCGGAGAGACUGAAGCUGCACACAAAUGAAACUGAUGAUGAAAAAUUAUUCAAUGAAGCAAGGAAAUGGGUCAUCGCUACACAUCAGGUAUCUAGGCCAAAAAAAAAUAUGUGGGUUUCCGGUUUCCCGACCCUACCUACAGCUUUUGGACGUCGAAAUCCCGACCCUAAACUUUUUUGUUGCAUCAUGCUUGGAAGUGUUUCCACUUGAGGAAAACGUUUGUGGAAAAUUGAAAUUUGAGGCAAUAUUAGGGAAAUUUAUCUUUGGAUGUGGAAGCACUGACUAAACAAAGUGGCGUCCGGUUGUUAGGAAAAUUAAAAAUAAGUUUAAAAAGAAGAAGUUAAAACCGACCUACCCUACCUGAGUGUUUAUAAGAAGAAAUAGGAAACCCACAUAUUUAUUUGUUGGCCAUAUGUAGCUCGAUUUCUUGCAAGGCCUUAGUUAGGAGGCUAUUUUAUAACCUUAAUCCAACACCGCGGAAAAACGUCUGCGCAUGCGUCAACCUUACCUGUAAUAGUAUUACGAACUUGAUGAGAAGCUGUUCCGAACGUUUCCGAAUGGCGGUAAAAAGGAGUGAAUUCAUUGUGCGUCUUUACAGCCAGAUUUCGAGCGCAAAAAUAAACAUGUCAUUCUAAAAACUAGGAAUAAAUACAGCCAGAAGGUUCAAGAAAUUGUAUUGUAAAAGAACAUGAACUAAAGGUGAUUGUUGACAAAUUUAUCGUCUGAAACAUUUUGUUUAUCAACUAAGCAACGACAAUUUCCGAAUUUUCGUUUGAGAUACAUUUCUUUAAAAAAAACUGUGUCGCCAAAUAUAAAAAAUUUUCGUGUUCACAAUAAUUAAACUUUAGGAUGUAUUCUACAAUUUGAGUGGGUUAAGAAGCUUAACUUUUCGAGAGUUUUCUUAACUUUUUAGUUUGAAUUUUUGUUUUGAAUAAUUUUGCAAAAAUUUUCGAAGUCGUGUCCGUUAAAAUCAACAGUUUUUUACAUGAAUUAUAUUUCAUUCCAUACUUUAAAUGCCAGGACGCUUUCAAUUAAUGUCUAGUCUACCCAUUUGCUAUAUUUUCUCGUUUGUUUUACUCAUUUUUGACCAAUUAAUAAGCAUGUUUUUGUUUUAGAAAUUGAUAUUCAAAUUCCCCGCCAUAUUUUCAUAAUUUGGUGCUUGCGCAGACGUUUUUCCGCGGUGUUGCUUAAUCCUACCUUAAAGACCAUGUAAAGUCCAUUCUGCGCAUGCCUGCAUUCCAAUGGUCGGGACACGACCAUUGGAAUGUUAUUAAUAUUUCGCACCUUCCGAACUUUUUUGAAUUGAAUCUCUAGUCUGUAUUCAUUUACAAGCGAACCAGAAGAGUGUUCAAAAUUCAGUAUAAUAUAUAUCUAAUCAUAUUUUACAACUGUAGCACUGAGUUCAAAAUGUAAACAAAGCGGUUGUUUACAUUAUGGACUUACAUGGCCUUUAAGCUAAUCCUGAUCUUUUAUUUUAUAGAAAAUUGUGUUUUACGAUUGGUUGCCAAGAUUUCUUGGAUUAGAUCCCGAUGCUUUUAGAGCCAAUGAUAGUUACCGUAAGUCAUCAUAAAUAUUCAGGCCCAUUUCCACUCGUGAAAAUGUCUCGCAUAAAGAGAAUUUGAUUGGCCGACACAAAUUUCAACUUUCAACAACAAUAUUUUCGGAAAAUUUUCUGUCGUUGAAUUUGGUUGGACAAAAACCAACACCACUAUAUACGUCACAAGAUAUAUAUAUAUAUAUAUAUAUAUAUAUAUAUAUAUAUAUAUAUAUAUAUAUAUAUAUAUAUAUAUAUAUAUAUAUAUAUAUAUAUAUAUAUAUAUAUAUAUAUAUAUAUAUAUAUAUUUAAAAUACUCAUUAAUAAUUCAUAAACCUUUUGGCAAAUCAUAUCAGCCAUAAUAUGUCACGUGGAAUGACUUUAUAUCUGAUAGAGCAUGAGGCAUUAUAUAAUGGUUCAUCCUCAUUAGUAUGAUUAUAUAAUGUUCAUCCUAAUUAGUAUUAUUUUGUAUUCGUAUUUUAAGCUAUUCAAAACAUUCGUUGUCGUGUUUUAUCAGAUAUAUAACGCUCGGCUGCGCCUCGCGUUAUAUAUCUGAUAAAACACUCCUACUCGUGUUUUAAAUAGUAUAUAUAUAUAUAUAUAUAUAUAUAUAUAUAUAUAUAUAUAUAUAUAUAUAUAUAUAUAUAUAUAUAUAUAUAUAUAUAUAUACAUAUAUAUAUAUAUAUAUAUAUAUAUAUAUAUAUAUAUAUAUACAUAAGUCACGAGACAAGUAUGUAUGACCAUUCCGGCGCAACGUUAAGUAAAAUGCUAGAAUGCCUCGUAAAUUUCAUUGCAAACUGCAAAUUGAGUGAAUUUGCAAUCGGAUUUUGUCACAGCAAAAAAUGUAUAAUGUGACAAUUUUUUUUUGUGACCAAUGUCCGAUCAAAAUUACUUUUGCUCGGGCAUUUGCCAAAUUUAGUCCGGACAUUGUCCGAUGUCCGACAGUAAUUUGCAGCCCUGCAUUAUGUAAUAGUCUUAAGCUUGGUUUAUACUAUCAAAGUUUCUGUGAUCACAGUAGGAAUUUUGCAUCGGUAAAUUCUAAGUUUUGAAGGAUUUGUAAGAAAUGUUUGAGGGAACAGCCUCGGUGUUAAACACUAAGCCGGGUCCCUCAAACAUUUCUUACAAAUCAAAACUUAGCAUAAACAAUAAGUUAGUUUCCUCAAACAUUUCUUACAAAUUCUUCAAAAUUUCAGUAGAUUAUAACGAGUAUAAGCAUGUUUCUUGGUUGGUUUUCUGAAACAACAAUGAUCGGUGUUUUUGACUCAUUCCUUAAAAAGAUCAUUUCUAUUGUUUAGUCAACCAGAAAUCCUGUUCGUUUAGGUAGGAAGCGACUCGUGUAGUCAUUUAAAUGCUUUCGUUUUUUAGGUUACAUUCCUGCUGUCCAUCCAGGUAUCGCCCAUGUAUUUCAGUCAGCGGCUAUGAGAUUUGGUCACACGAUGGUCACUCCUGGUGUUAUGAGAAGGUACUGAGAACUAGCGAGUAGAAAUAAGCCAGCUACUCGAUCCAAAUGACGCGUUCUUUACACAGCAGACAAUAUACAAAUAACUAGAGGGCACUCAGAGACUGCAUACCUCCGCCUACGCGCAAAAUAUUGAAGUAAUCUAUUGUUAUUAGAAUUUGAAUGGCUGGUGCAUAUAUUAUGCACGUCCUAAUUACGCAUUCAGUAUAAAGUUUUAUUUAAUUGACCGGGAAAAGCAAGACAAACUUUUGUUAUUUCUCAUUCAAUUUUUAACCAAAUUCAACCAAAUUUUAAUCAGUUCUUCCUUAGCCGAUGGGAAAUGCACUCACAAAAUUUCGUACGGAUAUGUCUGGUAUUUCUUGAGUUAUCGUGCUCACAGACAAACACACACACAUACACACACACACAUACACACACACAUACACACACACACACACAUACACACACACAUACACACAUACACACACACAUACAAACCCAGAUGAUUACAUAACCUCCUGGCGGAGGUAAUGACUGUUUAUUCGUGCAAUGGUAAGAAUAUUUUCAUGAGGUGAAAGAUGGAAUGUUCCAUUCAACGAGGCGACAGCCGAGUUGAAUGGAACUUUCCAUCUUUCACCGAAUGAAAAUAUUCUUACCAUUGCACGAACAAAAACAUUUUGACGAGUCGUAUUUGCAUUAAAUCCCAUUUACUGAGUUUCGAAUAUCGGGUUAAAAUAAACUGCGAUCACCGUACGAGAAGCAUUUUGACGGAUGCGAUUUAUCGAAAACACAAAGAGUGCAAUGGAAUAAAACGUAUAGUACAACUGCACUCGCAAGAGUGCAAUGGAACGUAUUCCAUUGCACUCUUGGGAAAUGGAAUUUUCUAUCCAAUAUCACGUGACCAUAAACAGCCAAUUAAACGAUCAGAAUUCAAUAAGGUAUUAUAUAAAACUUGCUGAUAUAUAAGUAUAGGUAAUAGCAUGAUUUCGAGUGCAAUUUGUUAUUUGGAUAUAACAUGCACGAGUGAGUUUUUCAAAGACCUCAAAAUAGCACUAGUCCGAAGGACGAGUGCUUUAAGCUCUAAUGCUUUCAUGGAAACCAAUAAAAAAAAUUUAGGCAAAAUUAACACUCAAAGGUGUUCUGUAACCUUAACUUGUGAAUGUUUUUAGAUUGAAUAAGACAUGUGAGGCAUUCAAAACAAGAGCGUCGUCCAGUACGCUGGGAGAAAAGGCUGCGAACAAGAGAGGUGUAAGAACAUGUAAUUCAUUCUGGAACCCUCAGGUAAAAGCAUCCUUCUUUCAACUCGAAAGUGUUUUUCCAGUGUAGGUAGUAUUCUACAAUAAGCUGUCGUGGUUUGUGUCUGAACUACCCGAAAAAGCUAAACCCAGGGCCUUCACUCCGAAUAUAUCCGAGUGUUUUUAAUCUCUUUCGGGCAGUUCAAAUACAAACCACGUCAGACGUUGAAAUCCUAACAUCUCGUCAUUUUGUUGGGUUUUUUUUUAGAUUCCUAUCACAGAAAAGAACGGUACCGAGACUUUAGAUAUUGAGGCAUUCCUCCGUGGGAUGGCUUCACAAGAUGCUGAAAGAGAAGAUAAUAUUAUCACAGAAGAUUUACGAGGUAACGCAUCUAUUGCAUGUUUCUAUCUGAUGCGGUCACUCCGUUCACUCACAUAUAGUUUAAAUAUAUAUCAUAUAUCAUAUAGUUUAAAUGCUUCAGUUAAUUAUCAUAUAGUUUAUAUAUCAUAUAGUUUAAAUGCUUCAAUUUCAAUUUAAAACACUCAACCGUUAUUGAUCCAAUGUUACUACAGGAGGAAACCUAAACUAAACUAACUUUCUUUAUACUGGAUAGCUCUAUCAGUUCUAAACGUUUUUCCUAGUGGUCCAGUAAGGGUCAUAUUUUAUUGAUCCAGUGUUACUACAGAAAGAAACCGAAACUAUACUAACUUUAUUUAUGCUGGAUAGCUUUAUCAGUUCUAAACUGUCGCGUAUUGUCGAUUAUCGCUUAUUGAUCCAGUUUUUGUACAAGAGGAAACCUAAACCAAACUAACUUUAUUUACAGUAUACUGGAUGGCUCUAUCAGUUCUAAGCUGUUCUCUCUAGAGGUCCAGUAAGGAUCAUCUCUUAUUGAUCCAGUGUUACUACAGAAAGAAACCUAAACUAAACUAACUUUAUUUAUGAUGCUUGUGAUUUUACUCUCAGUGUAUAUCCACACCGGACAAAUAUGCCUGGCCACGGUGGGAAUCGAACCUACGACCUUUGGACUACCAGGCCAAUGCUCUGCCAACUGAGCUACGCGGUCAGGUCGGUUCGAGUAUGUGAUAUUUCGGAACUGAGUCUAGUUCCUUCGAUAUCGAUGUAAAAAAUCAUGAUUACUAGAUUACAUCGAUAUCGAAGGAACUAGACUCAGUUCCGAAAUAUCACAUACUCGAACCGACCUGACCACGUAGCUCAGUUGGCAGAGCAUUGGGGUGGUAUUCCAAAGGUCGUAGGUUCGAUUCCCACCGUGGCCAGGCAUAAAACACAGAAAAAAUUAAUGAUUACUAGAUUACAUCGAUAUCGAAGGAACUAGACUCAGUUCCGAAAUAUCACAUACUCUAACUUUAUUUAUACUUGAUAGCUCUAUCAGUUCUAAACUGUUCUCCUUAGAGGUCCAGUAAGGAUCAUCGCUUAUUGAUCCAGUGUUACUACAGGAGGAAACCUCAACUAAACUAACUUUAUUUAUACUGGAUAUAGCUCUAUCAGUUCUAAACUGUUCUUGCUAGAUGUCCAGUAAGGAUCAUCUGUUGUUGAUCCAGUGUUACUACAGGAGGAAACCUCAAUUAAAUUAACUUUAUUUAUACUGGAUAGCUCUAUCAGUUCUAAACUGUUCUUCCUAGAGGUUCAGUAAGGAUCGUCUCUUAUUGAUCCAGUGUUACUACACGAGGAAACGAAUGUACCCGGAAAAAACCUGUGUUUAUUACAGCUUUUCCACAGUGUGGCUUUACAUCUGCAAAAAUUUGUAUAAAAAUAUACAAUACUAUUAAUAGAAAAUCUCUAUAAAAAUUUAAAACGAAGGAUUAAAAUUUUCACUAUGUUAAAAAGAGUCAAACUGGAGGACAUACAUAUGUAUCCAAUGUAAGGUCUAAACCAAUGUUAUUUCUCUCUUUUCCUUGCGUAAGGUUUCGUAUUUGGUGGUUUGGAUUUCUCUCGUCGUGAUCUGAUGGCUGUUAACAUUCAGCGAGGUCGGGAUCAUGGCUUGCCUGACUACAAUACGGCGAGAAAGGCUUACGGACUAGCAGCUAAAGAAAACUUUAUCGACAUUAAAGCCAACCAAUCUUAUAUUCCCAACUCGGUACGUGCUAGGGAGGAGGAUAGAUUUAUAGGUGGACUUGAAUGACUUAGAUUCUUGCACUUCACUUGGUGGAAUUAAUAUUAGGAUGUUAGGGUUUGUAAUCCAAGUGAGAAUAUAUACAUUUUAAGACCUAACCAGGAACGACUGCGAAAAAUGCAGCACAAUGUCCUCUGGUAGUCCACAGGACCUUGUGCUGCAUUUUUCGCAGUCGUUCCUGGUUAGGUCUUAAAAUGUAUAUAUUCUCACUUGGAUUACAAACCCUAACAUCCUAAUGAUAGAUUUAUAGGGAUUUGUAGAUGCUCUAUCAGUGUCAUGAUUUUCUUUGUUUUCUUGAAGUGCCUGUAUCAAGGUUUUGGAGUUUGCAUAUCUUGAAAGUUUAGGGUGUUUUAAGACACUUUGCAAUAUAUUUUGUUAUUGAAAAAUUUCAUCUUGAUGGAUUUAUUAGCUCUUGAAGUGACAUGACGUCAAAAGGAGAAUUUUGUUGCAAUGAUACAAAGGAAAACUGAUUUGCAAUUCUCCUUUUGACGUCAUGUCCGGUAACUUUAAGAGCUAAUAAAUCCAUCAAGAUGAAAUUUUUCAAUAACAAAAUAUAUUGCAAAGUGUCUUAAAAUACCCUAAACUUUCGAGAUAUGCAAACUCCAAAACAAUGAUAUAGGCACUUUAAGGUUACAGAACACCUUUGAGUGUUAAUGUUGCCUAAAAUUUUUCUUAUUGGUUUCCAUGAAAGCAUUAGACUAGUUCUACUAUCUGACCAAGUUUGAAAGAAAAAUGUUGAGAAAUCGCAGAGUUAUUUAAUAAAAUACAUUUCGCCGCAAUAAAAAAAAAACAUUGAAAAUGUAAUAUUCAAAUUAAAAAAUGAUAUUUUCAUAAAUAUAUCUUAAAACCAGCAGGAGCACAACUCAAAAGCGUAGCGGUACCGCGAUUUAAGAUUUUCCUGAAUAAUUCUUACAUUAUUUUAUUGUUUGUUAAUUUUACAACUUUACCAUAUUUUGAACGCACUGGCGAACAUUUGGUGAAAAUUUGAUGAAAAUCGGACUGAUAUUGAGCGCGCAGUAGCGAUUUUCCGCAAAACGCCAAAAAGGGUGUCCUGUAACCUUAAUAAGAAUUACUGUCCUUAUGGUUUUGCACUGUUUCUUUUUCCAGGUAUAUCAGACAUUGGACGAUCUUUAUAAAGGAGACAUCAACAGUAUUGAUGUGUGGGUUGGAGGGCUCUUGGAGACGAGAAAAUCUGGACCCGGCGAGUUGUUCUCGACCAUCAUUGAAGAUCAGUUCAGAAGAAUCAGAGAUGGGGAUAGGUUUUGGUUUGAGAAUAUAGAAAAUAAGUACGUAACAAUGAUUCACAAAUUACUGAUAGCGUAUCAAGUAUGAACGUUUCAGGUUUCCUCCUGUAAUAACACUGGAUCAAUAACAGAUUACCCUUGCUGGAUCUCUAUAUAGGGAGAAGAAUUUAGAAAUGAUAGAGCUAUCCAGUAUAAAUAAAGUUAGUUUAUGUUUCUUCCCGCAGUAACACUUGAUCAGUAAGAGAUGAGGACAUGGAUCUCUAGGGAAAACAGUAUAGAACUGAUAGAGCUAUCCAGUAUAAAUGCAGUAAAGUUAGUUUAGUUUAUGUUUCCUCGUGUAGUAAUACUUGAUCAGUAAGAGAUGAGGACACUGGUCUUCUGGGGAGAACAGUUUAGAACUGCUAGAGCUAUCAAGUAUAAAUACAUUCUCGUACCCAGAGCCCUUCUUACGCGCGUUCGACCGAGCGCGACGAGGGGCUCUGGCCAAAUCCAUAACCGGAUACCAUAAAAACAUGGUAAGAAAACAAUAUCCGGUGUUAGAACUAGCCAAUCAGAUACCAGUUCGGAUAUGGAUUUGGCCAGAGCCCCUCGUCGCACCGCGCGUAAGAAGGGCUCUGGGUACGAGAAUGGUAUAAAUAAAGUCAGUUUAAUUUUGGUUUUCUCCUGCAGUAACACUGGAUCAAUAAGAGAUGACUUUUACUGGACCUCUAGGGAGAACAGUUUAGAACUGAUAGAGCUAUCCAGUUAGUUUAGUUUAGGUUUCCUUCUGUUGUAACUGCACUGGAUCAAUAAGAGUUGCACUAUUUACCGACACUGAUGUGAAUAAUUGUCAAAAAACAACGAAAAUAUUUUUAAACAACGAAAUAAUUUGUAUUUCAGCUCCCUUGAUCGUUGUAAACAAAACAGUAUUUACACGCUUUUAGUAAUUUUAUUCAUUAGAAGUAGCUUUCGAGAAUACCUCUGCACACUGUUAAGCAAAACUUUGUGGCUUUCUUCGUGUUCGGCGAAACGGCAGCUUCGUUUAGUGAAACAAAUUGCUCGUCUGCAACCAGAUCAAAACGGGAAGCCAUUUGCAACAAUAUCUGGAGCUGAGCAACCAAUAGCCAAUCAAAGCACUAUCCUUUCCCCGAGUAUAUCGGGUGGCGCAAAAAAUGUUCCACUUUGACUUAUGGUAAUUAAAAAAACUAAAGAAGCUAUCUUAUUCAAAUGAAGUGUAUUGAACGUAGUUAUAUUUAACUUAAAUUUUGUUGUAUGCCUUGCACAUUUCUAUAAAGUAUUCGCCGAGAUAUAGACGUUUAAACUCAAGGUAGCGUUUUUGGAAGAAGCGAAAAAUAGUCUAUUAAUUUGCAUUGUGGUAAUUAAAUGGCCAUUUUUCGCUUCUUCCAGAAAUGCUACCUUGAGUUUAAACGCCUAUAUCUCGGCUAAUAUUUUAUAGAAAUGUUUAAGGCAUACAUCAAAAUUUAAGUUAGACAUUGCUGCCUUCAAUAAACAUUCUUUGAAUAAGGUGGCUGCUUUGGUUUUUUUAAUUACAAUAGGUCAAAGAGGGGGAACAUUUUUUUGCGCCACCCGGUAAGCUUAACAAAAAUUACCCUUAUUGGAUCUCUAAACUCAAACUGAACCAUUUUUAUUACAGUCUUUUCACUCAAGAUGAAAUUGACCAAAUUAAUAACAUCACUCUAUAUGAUGUCAUUCUUAUGACGACAAAUAUUGAGGCAGACGACAUUCAGAAAGAUCCCUUUUUCAGUAAGUAGUUGACAUAAUUCUCUUAUAAAUGUCGGAAGAUCCUCAUUUUGAAAUAUGAGAUUGGUGUCCCCUGAAGACCUCUAGCUCCAUGGUAGGAUCCGAGAUCGAGGGUUUUGAAAGCCUUUGAAUUCGAAUGUUAUCUCAAUAACUGUCUAUUUUGUAACCAUGAUAUUGCUUGGAACUUAAAGGACAUUGGCAAUAAAAAAUUAGUUUAGUUAAUUUGAAAGUGAACUCUUAAAACUAUAUAUUAAACUCUAUUACAGAUUGUUUAUAUCUUGCAUAGUUUUCAAAAUAUUUCCACUGAAAAAAGUGAGCUGUUCCUUGAAGGACAUUGGCAAUAAAAAGUUAGUUUGUCUCUUUCAAAAGAACUCUCAAAAUUAUAUAUUAAACUCUGUUACCGAUUUGUCUAUCUUGCUGAGUUCUCGAAAUAUUUAGACCGAAAUUAAUGAGCUGUACGCCAUCUUGGACUAAUUCCUGACCUCAUUAAAUAUGGUUUUGAUGACGUCAGGAGUUGGAGUAACCAUAUAAAACAACUCUAAAAUGACCGAGUAACAAUCCAAAAUUGUUUUUAAUCAUUUCUAAAUUUCGGACAGCAACCAGAAACGAAGUUUUGGAUCCAUAUUGCUCGCUUACUCGCAAGAUAAAAAAAUUACCCCUCUCUUGACGCGAAUCUGUUCACCCCCUCCCCUUAAUAUUUGGCGAAGUGCUUUCAUCCCUCAACAAAAACUAACCCUUCUUAGCUGUGUGCUUCGUGAUCAUAUAUGAAAAUGAUUCACAACUCUCUAAUUUUUUACCAAGUAGGGCAUGAUUUCAGUUUCUAAACACUAUGAAGGGUUCAUAUACUAAAACUGUCUGUACCAGUGUUGGUAGUACCAAUGUGAAAAUGCUGUGCUGAGUGGUUAUAUUACUACCUUAAAAAAUAAGCAGAAACUCGACGUUUCGAGCGGAGGCCAUUCGUCAAGAGUUAGUAGCCGGUUAGUUUGGCUACUAACUCUUGACGAAGGGCCUUCGCUCGAAACGUCGAGUUUCUGCUUAUUUUUUAAGGUAGUAAUAUAACCACUCAGCACAGCAUUUUUAUGAAGGGUUCAAGCUGGAGUUCGACAUGCGCGGAAUCUGUUUAAAAUUGAACCUUGUGUUUGAUUCAUUACAGCAACGGGCGAUGAUGUUCCAUGUAAAUUAGGAAGACUCGAACCAGGCGAUGUUGAGGAUUGCACUGAUCCAAAGACAUUUGAUUAUUUUGAUGGCAGUGAAGUGUCUUUCGCUUUAACCUUUCUGUUCAUUGGAUUGUUCUGUGUUGGUGAGUAUUAGUGAGUUUUGAUUGAUUGAUUGAUUGAUUGAUUGAUUUUAAUAAUCGUAAUUUGCAGUUACAAUAAAACAACUGAAUUAUAUACGAUGUACAGUGACUAAAUAACCUAAUAAUAUGUACAUAACAAGUAAUAAAAAUUGGAUUAGACAGCGAGUGUUACAGUAUAGCAGGUCAAGUCCAGAAAUGUUGACACCAUAGAUAUCUUAUAUACACUAGAUAGUGCAUCUAAUUAUUCUGCAAUUCAAAAAUUGAAGCCGUGAUUGCAGACUCAGGGAUAUUCCCAUGAAAUGAGAAGACUCGUAUGUUUUCUAUUUCUUAAACAGGGAACUUAAACGUUAAGUUAAACCUAUUCCGAAUACAUUUUCAAACUAUUCAAAUGAUGAAAGUUAUUGUUGUUUUUUAAGCGUUUAUUAGCGAGUGGGAAACUCCAACAUGGCCGCCAUCUAUUCAAAUGGGGGUAACCGCUGGAAUAUUCUUGGCUUCAAUUUUACUAAAAGAGAUGCACUAUCUAGUGUACGGUAUAUAAGAUAUCUAUGGUCGAGACUCGUAGCAGCAGGAAAAUGAAACCUGUAUCGUUCUCUUCUAUUAGAGAUAGACAGAAAACUUUAUUUAAACACCCGUCAACCGAAGCUGAUUUCCACGAGAGGCGUGCGAAAAAGUAUACAGAGAAUAAUUUUAAAGCACUAUUUAAAAAACGAGCAGGAGUGUUUUAUUAGGUUUAAAGCCACGAGCGCGGAGCGCGAGUGGCUUUAGACCUAAUAAAACACGACCUGCGAGUUUUUUAAAUAGCUUCAAAAACGUUUGCAUAAUAAGUCAAAUCGUUAUAUAAAAAUCUUUAUAUAAAAAUCUUUAGUACAAUCUGCAGACAUGCAUGUUUCGGCGUUCUACGCCUCGUCAGUGCAGCUUGGUACACGUCUAGAUACUUUCGACACUCGUAUUUAUAUCCCAUGAACUUGCUCUCACCAAGGCAUGUGGUACAACACGGUGACUCAACGCACCCAGACAUGCGCAGAGCGUAAUGGGGCCAGAGUGCUCAAACGACCACAAGGGAAGUGAGCUUUACAUUAUCGCUAAUAGACACCCAUUACAACUCCGCAGAGUGCUCAACAACACCGAGGUGAAGGAGCGUAAUAGUACAUAAUAUAGUUUGCAUAACCAUGGUCUUUUGUUAAAGUGUUCUUUAGCUGGUAUAAAGACGUAUGCACGUGACUAAUUUCUUACUCAAGAUUGGAUAAUUGCUUCAUGAAUUAUUAAUGAGUUUUUGAAGACUAUUUACAAAAUUAUAUAAGAUAUAUAGUAUUGUAUGAACUAACAAAAUUAACUGAAGUAAUAAUCUAUUUACAGGUAUAUUAACAUCAAUAUUUUCGAUUAGCUAUCAAACAAUGUGAGUAGCGAUUUUCUUUCGAAAGAAAGAAAAGGGUUUUCUCUCGCAUUGAUUGAUAGCUGAUUGAAAAUAUAGAGAGAUUAAGCACAGAAUACGAACAUUACAGAAGGUCGACCUCUUGGUUUGUCUAUGAUUUUGGCGUAACCGUUCAACGCUAUCGCCAUGGUUCUAGCCACUGCGCUUAUGUUCUUAUGAGAGACAUUCAUUCCCCUGAAAAUAUGCAAAAUGGCGGAUAUCCAGUGGGUGAAUACUUCUCAUAACCGCACUGGCUAUGGACCAUGGCGACUGCAGUUCUUGUUCGAAAUGAAAAACAGCAGCCGUGAAGUUUCAUGCCAUCAUUCGUUAUCUAUAACGGCUCGAUCGAGUUCCGAUUCCAUUUAUUUGCCUCCAAACACAAGACUACUCCAUAUAAUGAAAGGAAUUCAUAUUAUUUUCUCACUUUGAUAACUGCAGGUUGACCAACAUCUGCUGCUGCACAAUAUUUCUUAGUGAAAAACCAACAACACAUAACUUUAUACGCUACAGUAACUUUAAUAAGUUAAUACCUCGCUCAUUCGUUAUUCAACUGGCCGAGAAGACAUGGCUAAUUAAUGACGGGAAACUCAAAAAGAUUUCAUUGACCUUUUUUUUUGCAGGCGUGGUAUUGACGAUGUUGUUCCUGGCCAGGCGCCGUAUGGCAAUGUUAGCUGAGAAACGAAAAACGAAUCGCCGAAAAACUCAACGAAACAGCAAACCCGCAGAAAACGAAUUUAUCGGUAAGAAAUUACUUACGAAUUAGAAAGAAUACAGUCCACACAAUUUAAGAGCUGACCAGGAACGGUUGCGAAAAAUACAACACUAGGUCCUCUGGCAGGAAUCGAUCCUGUGGCUUUGCGAUUCCGGUGCAGGGAUCUAACCAACUGAGCUACAGAGAGACAGUUGUCGAGCUCUAACCAACUGAGCUACAGGGGGCCAGUUGUCGAGCUCUAGCCAACUGAGCUACAGAGAGACAUGAGUUGUCGUGCUCUAACCAACUGAGCUACAGAGAGACAGUUGUCGAGCUCUAACCAACUGAGUUACAGAGGCCAGUUGUCGAGCUCUAACCAACUGAGCUACAGAGAGACAGUUGUCGAGCUCUAACCAACUGAGUUACAGAGGCCAGUUGUCGAGCUCUAACCAACUGAGCUACAGAGAGACAGUUGUCGAGCUCUAACCAACUGAGCUACAGAGAGACAGUUGUCGAGCUCAAACCAACUGAGCUACAGAGGGUCAGUUGUCGAGCUCUAACCAACUGAGCUACAGAAGCCAGUUGUCGAGCUGUAACUAUAGAUUUUCAUGUAUAUAUAGAUUUUCGGGUGUGCUGGUUAUGAUCAGGUGAACUUGAAAGGCGUACAAAUAUCGCAUCUUGUAUAGCAAGUCUGCCGACAAGCCGUCAAUAAGUUGUCUUCGCACUGCUUGUCCCAAGUUGUCAACAAGUUUGGAACAAGCUGUUAACAACUUGUAACAACCUUGAUAUUAUCAGAUUUGUUGCAAGGUUGUACCAACAAGUCCGAUACAGUCAUGAUAUAACAAUUUUGUUACAACUUUGUGUCAUCAACCUUGUAACUUUCGUGUUAUAUCAUGACUGUAUCAGACUUGUUAGAACAACCUUGUAACAAGUCUGAUAAUGCCAUCAAGCUUGUUACAAGUUGUUAACAGCUGUUCCAAACUUUCUACAACAACUGGGAACAAGCAGUGCGAACACAACUUGUCAACAGCUUGUGAACAGAUUUGUAACAACUUGUUUGCAGACCUGUAACAACUUAUGCGUUUUUGCGUGUGCAGUUGUCCGUGUUUCUACAUAGUUGACUUGUGAGGCAAUCGACAUAAUGAUGUUUCUAUAUUGAGUUUCCACAUUCUUCAUUCGCAGCUGCCGAGUGGAGACGUAAUCUCCCGGACAGAACAGUGAAAGUGAAGCUGGGUCCAGGAAAGAUCGUUCGGGUAUCAUCAGAACGAGGCCAGCUACUGAGGACAAUAGAUCUGAGAGGAAUGGAAUGGAUCAUAAUCUUCUUACAGAGUGACCGAGAACAGACUCUGCUUUCUGUUAGAAUGGACAGAGAAUACGAUAUGGUAUGCGACCUUCAUUUUCUACAACACUCUUGCACCAUUAGUGAAUUUUCCCCUUCAGAAUAAGUCAACUUACAAAACUUUUAUACCUUUUUUUUGUUAAAACUUAAAAGAUAUUUCAGUUUAUUUCAUAUGUAAAUAAGAUAACUUCACAAAAAUUGCGGUUGCCAUAGAGUAUUUUAAUAAAACACAAAACAAUAGACACUCCAAAAAUUGUAAACAUUUUAAUUCUUUACGUUUCGACUAUAAUUUAAGUCCUCUUCUUUCUUCUGAAGAUGACUUAAAUUAUAGUCGAAACGUGAAGAAUUAAAAUGUUUACAAUUUUUGGAGUGUCUAUUGCCUGUGUUUUAUGACUUCACAAGCUGGGUAAACUUUUUGACAGUUCACAGAACUGUAAAAACUUCAUAUUUUUAUACGCCAGAUUAGUCAAUGGAAUCAUCGAUACAGACUUAAACGAUUUCAUCUAUUUUGAACAAUGUGCUUUAUGACUUUGGCGUGACGGCCAUAUUUGAAAAUAUUUUGCUUGUGACGUCAUAGAUUUGUUUCAUUGUAGAACAACUUGAAAUAUCUCAAGAACGAACGAGGAUAAAUAGUAAUAACUUUGCAGACGUUCUCUGGUUUUAAAUAUUUAUUUAUUUAUUUAUUACGAGGUUUCGAUUAGCUGCCAGUCUGCAGUCUUCAACGGGUGGAUUACAAUGAGAGUGUGACAAUUACAACGAUUUACUGUUACAUAUAUAGUUACAAAAAUGACAGUUGCGCCUACAUACAGGAUUAAUGACUUAAAUUACAUGUAGAUAAUUUCAAAGUUUUUUGCUAAGUAAAAAGCGUUACUGUUCCGGUAAAUGUUUUGCAUUGUUGUCAGUCACACUCUCAUUGUAAUCCACCCGUUGAGGACUGCAGACUGGCAGUCGAAAUCUCGUUAACAAAUAAAUAUUUAAAACCAGAGAACGUCUACAAACUGAUUAUGAAUACUCCUGGUUUCGCUUCGAACAUAUUUAAAGAUAAAGAGUAGUUAUGGAAUGAGUAAUUUUACAAGUUAACGAGUUCUUUCUGUAUAAACAGACUUGAAUUUCAUUGCCCAUACUCUUUAAGUGCCGAGGUAGUUAUGGAAAAGCCAUUACUCGCGUUUCCUUAAAGUGCAUUCCCUUCGUCUUUCUUAGAUUCUGAGGUUUGAUUCGGAAACGCAAAGAGACGAGUUUUUGCAAAGUUAUGAAAGUUUCUUGGGCAACCACGAGAUCAAAUGCAACAGAAACGAAAUGAAAACCCAAAUGUUGAUAUCCUCAGCGCAUACGAAAGAAGAUCGACAAAAAAGACUGGAGAAAUUCUUCCGAGUUGCUUUUGCUCAUGUAAGUAAACUGCGCGAGCCUCGCGGGCCAAAUCAAAUGUUUUAUGUAGUACUGUACGUGUUUAAAAAUCUGAUCGUCUGGAACUGGUACAAAACGGGAAGACUUUCGUUUUGGUUCGGAAGUCAAAGGAUAUCCGGUAGACAACUACUGGAUUCACAGACUCAUCUGUUUGGCAAUAUUUUGACAGUCAGGUUUAGGGCAAGUUGUGCGGAUUGCUAAACUAAUAAACUGCUUUUUCUUUAAAUAAUACUUCAAAUGUUGCUGAAAACUCGAAAUUUUUAUAUAUAAAUUGUCCUUGUUUUUAGUUCUGUUAAUUUUCUUCCAAACAUUAUAUUCUGUUCAGUGGCGAAGCCAGAACGAUAAUUGGGGGGGGGGGCAUAUUCAUAUAUUCGUGUUCUGCUUUAUUAAUUUCUUUUGAAAUCAAUUGUUUUUAUGGUAUGUGAACACGGAUCCCCCCCCCCCCCCCCAAUUAUCGUUCUGGCUACGCCACUGAUUCUGUUCAUGUUUUUAUCUUCCAAGAUACGGAAUUAUUGUAAAGAAAGUUUAUAUAUAAUUUUAAAUGUUCUUUCAAAUAACUUUGAAACAAAUGAUAGCGAUAUUAAUUUUAUUUUAUUACAACGACGUUUCAAUGCUUCUUGCAUCAUUAACAUCGCUAUCAUUUGUUUCAAAGUUAAUUUCACAAAAGAUUUUAAUAAACAAUCUUUCAAAUAAGACAAACUUAAUUUAUGUUGCUAUAUCCUUUUAAAUAUUAAAAAUGUAUUUGCUAACCUGUAAGCAAUUGCUGAGAGUAUUUUUAUUGUGUUUUUAUCCCUCUUAAUGCUAUUAAAGGCGAACAACUUGCUGUUUUCUCGUAUCCUUCUAAUAGAGAGCCAAUCAGAUUGCAGAAAAGCUUAUAUCCGGCGGUUGUCCAUAUGCUAAUUUCUAAUAUCUUUCCUCAAGGCAUUCGACAUCGAAUACCAAGAUCAAGAUUUCAAUGAGAGAAUGGGCGAGGCCAAGGAGGUCCUCUCAUGUGAACUUUCCAGAACUGAAUUUGCCGAAGCACUUUCUCUGAAACCUAACUCGCUUUUCGUGGAACAAAUGUUUGACUUGGUUGAUAAAGAUCGUAAUGGAUAUCUGUCAUUCCGAGAAUUCCUUGACGUCAUUGUUAUUUUUGCUAAAGGUAUGUCGUUUGAGAGUGGACUUCCCAACAUGGCUAUUGCCUAAUUGAUAGGGGAUCCGAGAUACCAGGAUGUUAGGGUUUGUAAUCCAAGUGAGAAUAUAUACAUUUUAAGACCUAACUAGGAACGACUGCGAAAAAUGCAGCACAAGGUCCUCUGGUAGGAAUUGAACCUACGGCCCUGCGAUUCCGGUGCAGCGCUCUAACCAACUGAGCUACAGAGGCCAGCUGUUGAGCUGUAACCGUAAGUUCAUGUAUUUAUAGGUAAUCGGGUGUGCGGGUUGUGAUAAGGUGGACUUGAAUGACUUAGAUGAAUGAACUUACGGUUACAGCUCAACAGCUGACCUCUGUAGCUCAGUUGGUUAGAGCGCUGCACCGGAAUCGCAGGGCCGUAGGUUCAAUUCUUACCAGAGGACCUAGCGCUGCAUUUUUCGCAGUCGUUCCUGGUUAGGUCUUAAAAUGUAUAUAUUCUCACUUGGAUUACAAACCCUAACAUUCUAAUAUUAAUUCCACCAAGUGAAGUGCAAUAAUCUAAGUCAUUCAGAUCCGAGAUACCUACGAUUUUAACGCCCUUAUCUGAGAAGAAGCGAAAGUCUAACCAUUUACUGAUGUGAAUGUAAAUGUAGCACUUUCUCCUCAAUUAUUUUAAGACCUUGAGUAGAGGUCCGACCAAGGAUUGGACCCAGGUCUCUGAGCUCGAAAGGCAAGCAUGGUGAUCACCACACCACAAGAUUCUGAUGUUUAUUUCCAUUUUCCAUCACAGGUACCCCAGACGAGAAACUGAGAUUGUUCUUCGACAUGUACGAUGUUUCUGGCAAUCAAAAGCUCGGUCGGGACGAGUUUAAACAAAUGAUCAAGUAAGUCAAUCAUAAAAACCUCGAGUGUUUCCCGAAAGCACUCUUCUCUAAUUGAUCAACAUUAGUCAAGGUUCGUACAAAACUUAAAAGGCCUUGAAUGUCCUUGAAUUUGUAAAGAAGUACUUGAAAAUCUUAAAAUGUUUCUUGCCGUAGUUUUUGGAUAUUUUCUGAAAUUGUUUGACAUUCAAAACGGAUAUUUUGUUGAAUAGACCUUUCCCCUUAUAACCAAAAUUUUGAUCUAGGCAAGUCUAAACAAAUAUUUCAUCACAGCUUGAAAGAGCAUCACAAAAUUAGUAAUAUUCCAAAGUUUCGUUCCGAAAUGUUGUAAAAUGAGGAAAAUAGAGCCUUGCGAAGUUCGCAAUUUUCAGUCAUUUUGCAUUACAAACGGGAAAUUGCAGCCCCAACACCCGAAUCGGAUGUCAAUUUCCCGUUUGUAAUACAAAAUGACUGAAAAACGGCAAACUUCGCAAGGCUAUAUUAUCCGCAUUUUACAAGAUUUUACAACAAAACUUUGGAAUAAUACUAAUUUUGUGAUGCUCUUUCAAGCUGUGAUGAAAUUUUUGUCUAGAUCGAAAUUUUAGUUAUAAAGGGAAAGGUCCAUUGAUUUUGCAUGUUCAUAUCUGACAAAGCUGUUUGAAACUCAUCAAAAUUGCGUUUUGAACAAUUCAACGUCAGAUUUUACUGAUUUCUAACCCCUUUUCGUGAGUAUUUAGUCCUUGAAUUUGCUGAUACAUGGCCUUGAAAAGUCCUUGUAUUUGACUCUACCUCACAUGUACGAACCCUGAUUAGUCCAUAGUUAGGCUUCACCAAGCACUAUCGUGCAGCAGAUUGUGGUCAACCUGCAACAUGCAACUAUCUGAAAUUAGUAUAAACCUACUAGUAGGCUAUCACAUAUCGUGCCUUCUGAUUGGCUACGCUACUAGUAGGCUACUAGUGAUGAUAGCCUACUAAUAGUGUCUGAUGAUUUAGUGAUGAUAGCCUGCCGAAGUGUCUGAUGAUUUUUUGGACGACUUGUUGAACAAUUCUGUACUAAAAACCCCCCGAAAAAAGCAACAAAAAUAUGGAAUGGCAAUUUUUAAGGGUAAAAAAAUAGACAAAAUAACAUACACUCAAUGAAAUUUUAAGAUUAAAACUGAAUUUUGUAAAACAUUUUACGCGAACAAAAACUAAAAUAUUUGUUUACCUAUACAUACUAUACCUUACCUUUAUAAUGUUUUUUGUGUAUUUUUGUAUUGUGUUUGCAGCCUAGUUGUAAAUUAAUGUUAAAGUUUAUACUAAAACAAUUAGACAACUCGGCCUCGUUGUCUGUGAGCAAAUAGUCAACUCGGCUUCGCCUCGUUGACUAUUCGCUCAUAGACAACUCGGCCUCGUUGUCUAAUUGUUAAAUAUGUCAAGAGAGUUACAGGCAAGGACCUUCGCUCGAAACAUCGAAAUUCUCCUUAUAUUUUCAGGUAGUUGUGUCCUUACCAACGAAAGUUUGUUCUUAUAACAUUUACUCACUUAUACAAUAAAAUACGGUUUGUAUAGAAAGUAUGUUUAACACUGUGUUUGUUCCCAGGUCGUUCAUGGAACUGGUGAAUGCUGACGUUGAAUCCGACCAGCUGGAUGCCCUCACUGACUCGAUGUUCUCCCAAGCUGGCUUUACAAACAAGGAUGAGCUGACAUUUGACGACUUCAGAGCUGUCAUGGCUGAAUAUAAAGAAAAUUUGGAAGAUGCCCAACUUAACUUGUCAGGUAAGUGUUCUGUGUCAAGGUACUCCGCUAGGAAGAACAGUUUAGAACUGAUAGAGCUAUUCAGUGUGAAUAAUGUUAGUCUGGUUUAGUUUAAUUUUCCUCCUGUAGUCAGGGAUAUUUUCAAGCACUUUUCUACUACCGGUAUACGAUAGUAAAUACUCAAUCUUCAAUUGAGUUUCGAAACUCAAUCUUCCUCCACAAUAAUUCUUUUUCACAAUUUGAUUUUUUUUAAUGUAAGUGUUCCAUUAUCAACUUUCUUUCUGUGCUCUACAGCUAGCUGAUGGCCAAACUAGACUUUGAAAAUGCCAUUUCCGACGACCUGGAGACUUCAAAGUUUCAAAUCAUCCCACCUCCAAAAUGUAAACACUUAAAAAGUUGGUCCCGCAAUAUUUUACACCCCUCCAAAAUAUUUUGGAAUGUGCGCCCCUGAACACAAAAUUUUUCUCCUCCCCCAAAGUCCUCCUCCCCCCCAAACGAAACUCAAUCUUCUUCUGAAAAACAGUAGUAGCCUAAAGUGCUUGAAAAUAUCCCUGUGUAGUAACACUGGAUCAAUAAGAGAUGAUCCUUACUAGACUUCCAUAGGGAGAACAAUAGAGCUAUCCAGUAUUAAUAAAGUUAGUUUGGUUUAGGUUUCCUCCUGUAGUAACACUGGAUCAAUAAGAGAUGAUUCUUACCAGACCUCUAGGAAGAACAGUUUAGAACUGAUAGAGCUAUCCAGUAUAAAUAAAGUUAGUUUAGUUGAGGUUUCCUCUUGUAGUAACACUGGAUCAAUAAGAGAUGAUCCUUACUGGACCUCUAGGAAGAACAGUUUAGAACUGAUAGAGCUAUCCAGUAUAUAUAAAGUUAGUUUAGUUGAGGUUUCCUCCUGCAGUAACACCGGAUCAAUAAGAGAUGAUCCUUACUGGACCUCUAGGAAGAACAGUUUAGAACUGAUAGAGCUAUCCAGUAUAUAUAAAGUUAGUUUAGUUUAGGUUUCCUCCUGUAGUAACACUGGAUCAAUAAGAGAUGAUCCUUACUGGACCUCUAGGAAGAACAGUUUAGAACUGAUAGAGCUAUCCAGUAUAUAUAAAGUUAGUUUAGUUUAGGUUUCCUCCUGUAGUAACACUGGAUCAAUAAGAGAUGAUCCUCACUGGACCUCUAGGAAGAACAGUUUAGAACUGAUAGAGCUAUCCAGGAAAUAUAAAGUUAGUUUAGUUGAGGUUUCCUCUUGCAGUAACACUGGAUCAAUAAGAGAUGAUUCUCACUGGACCUCUAGGAAGAACAGUUUAGAACUGAUAGAGCUAUCCAGUAUAUAUAAAGUUAGUUUAGUUUAGGUUUCCUCCUGCAGUAACACUGGGUCGAUAAGAGAUGUCACUUACUGAACCUCUGGAAGAACAGUUUAGAACUGAUAAAGCUAUCCAGUAUAAAUAAAGUUAGUUUAGUUGAGGUUUCCUCCUGUAGUAACAUUGGAUCAAUUCUUGAUGAGCAUUAAGUGCAUUUGUAUUAUAUCUUAUGCUGUGAUUCCUGCUACAGGAACCGGUGUUGAUGUACCUAAGGCGGGUACGGGUGAAAAGAAAAAGAGGGAAAAUGCUCCAACUCGUGCAAGAAAAACUGUCAUCAAACAUUUGGAGUAAGUCGACGUAAAAAUCGUUGUGUUCCUGAAAGCGUUACAAACUUGCCCUCAAAUACAAUGCCCUGUAACUUUGCAGAAACCAGUCCAUACAGUUUGAGCCUACUUUUUAAUUUUAUAUUUUUGUUCUUCUAUACGUUUUACAUGCCAUGUCAGAAAAUAAUUUACAUGCCAUGUCAGAAAAUAAGAGAAAAAUCAUUUCUACAACUUAUAAUAUUUUACAUUUUUCGCGCAUGCUUCCCAAAAUAACAUGUCUGAGAAGGUACGAAAAGACAUCUUUGCACCACGACAAUGCACGUCAGUGGUUUUUGAUUCGCUAGAACACCAUGUUUUCUUGUAUAUAAUUACUAAGUAGACAUUUUUAGUAAGAUCCUUGUUAAAAAAAAUUCAAUAACGGUUGAGCAUUUGCGAUUGUUCCUGUAACUCGCAAAAGGGUCAAGAUGGCGCCAUAUGGGGGAGAAGGUAGCAUAUUGCACUUGUCAUAUCUUCGAAACGAGUUCGUUGGCCCCAACUUUUUUUCCAGUUUUUACCAUGGGCAUAUCAUAAACUUCACCCCUGGAACGUUUCAGCAAAUUGUCGUUUCCAGAACAAUUACUGACGAAUCACCUUAAUGGACCUAUUACGUAAUGAACAAAAUUUUGAUCUAGAUAAGUCUAGACAAAAAUUUCAUCACAAAAUUAGUAAUAUUCCGAAGUUUCGUUGCGAAAUGUUGUGGAAAACGGUACCAAUUUCCCGUGCGUAAUACAAAAUGACUGAAAAACGGCAAACUUCGCAGGGCUAUAUUAUCCCGAUUUUACAACAUUUCGCAACGAAACUUCGGAAUAUUACUAAUUUUGUGAUGCUCUUUCAAGCUGUGAUGAAAUUUUUGAAAACUUGUCUAGAUCAAAAUUUUGUUCACUAGGUAAUAGAUCCAUUCACUAACGGCGGUCGUUGAAUACCCUCUAUAAGGGACUGGUCAUAAUUUAGCAGAAGGGGUGGGGAGGUGGAAACAGUGGGGGGAGGGGGGUCACAUUUUUUAGCCAGCAAAAAGGGGGUUCAUAAAAUAUUAGACAGUUUAUGAAGGCGGGGAGGGGGUCUGCUGUUUUAGUUCAAUUAAUUGUUUUAUACAUGCCUUCUCACAUUUUGUUUCAGUUGCACUAUUGAAAAAAAUUGAUUUGAUUUAAAGCACAAUUAGAAAAUUUAAAGUGCAAUUAGAAAAUUUAUUGAAUGCAGGGUUUAGUAGUAGGAAGGUACAUUUUUACUGACACCAGCAAGAGAGAGAGAGGGGGGGGCAUUAUUUUUCCGGGUUAUGGCAAAGCAGGGUCACAAAAUAUCAUUCCUUAAAAUUUUGAAUUACACCUCCCCACCCCCCACCCCCUGAUAAAUUAUGACCAGUCCCUAAGUUUCAUAUAAUUUCAAAUACUUUAGCGCCACUUCUGACCGCGCACCAAAACGGACUCCAACGAGAGUGAAAGUUGCUACAAAGAAGACGAAGGAUUACGAUAACGUGAUAAAGAAAAACUGGACAAUUUUCGCGAGAUAUGUGUCCAAUCAUGUGCCUGAUAUCUUCAUCGCUGUUCUGUAUACCUUGGUAUUGAUUGCCAUCUUUGCUGAAAGAGCUUAUUGUAAGUAGCAUCAACUUCAUGUUACGUAACACGCGCUCAAAACUAAUGCGUAUAAUAUACCACUUGAGGUUAUGACUAAAUUCAAAAUUUUUAUUUUUCCAUACGUUUCUCAAUCGGCAAACAAACUUAAAAAGUAUGUUUAGUGCUUUAUCUGUAAAAUAAUGCUAAAAUGAAGAGAAAGAGAAAAUUAUGUCUGAAGUUCAGUAAGUUUUGCUUAUAUGGCUGUAAAUAUGGCGUCAAUUUCCAAGCAUCAUUCUUAAUUGUAUUUUAAUUGACAAUUUUAAACUAUUAUUUUAUGUUUCUCAACCGGCAGAUGCAUUUAAAAAGGUAGCCAACUCUAUAAACUACAGAAUAAAGCUAAAACAAAGUAAUUUUGAGAGGAACGCCAAAAAGAUUUUAGGUUUUGAACACUUUUCAUUGCAAAUACGUGACAUUGAAAAAAAUUGCCUUUUAAUUAGCCUUGUUCUUGCGAUAGAGAGCCUAAGAUCUACUAUAUGCGGCAAACGCAACGACGUGGUCUCAAUUUUAGUUCAAGAAUGAGCGCUAAGUACUUUGAUUACUGUGAUAAUGCUUGGUUUAACAUUGUGUUGAGAAUGACAAAGCCGUUAUUGCAUUACAAACCUUGCGCGGUCAAUAGACCUUAUGCAUAAUGACGUCACAAGGCUUGAUGCCCGCGACCAAUGCUGGUCUUAGUAGUCAUCGCUCGGGUAAAUUUCGAUAGUGACCAUUUUGAAUUGUUUAAUUUUCCCGGGCAAUGACUACUAGGAGCAGCAUUCCUCGCGGACAUCAAGCCUUGUGACGUCAUUAUGCAUAAGGUCCAUUGAAAUUUUUCCUGACGUGAUAAAAUUUCGACUCGACAACAUCGCAUCAUUUCGUUACCAGUCUCAUGCUUAAACAUCUGUAGGGAGCCACCUUAACGUUGUAUUCACAAUGGAAACGCUGGGACCACAAAUUAUUCAUAGUUUUUGUCUUGCCUGAAGAAUUAGCCAUUCCGAAGUUGAUGAGUGGACUGGGGACGAGUAUUAAAAAGUGCCCAAAUUAAGAAAUGAACCAAAUCACUAAAACGACCACCACAAAAUUAGUAAGUAUACAAAGUUUGAAGAUGUUUACAUGAAUACCCUUCGAAUAAUAAGCUUUCGAAAAUUGUGAAAUUACUGAUUAAAGGACUGUUUUUGGACGCGCGUCCCCAAAAACAAAAAUUACAGUACAUUUCAUAGUAAACAUCGCGAUUUUCGAAAGCUUAUUAUUCGAAGAGUAUUCAUGUAAAUGUCUUCAAACUUUGUAUACUUACGAAUUUUGAGGUGGUCUUUUUAAUGAUUCGGUUCAUUUCUUAAUUUGGGCACUUUUUAACACUCGUCCCCAGUCGUCUCAUCAACUUAGGAAUGGCUAAUUUCUUUGUUUGAGAGAAGAUUGGAAAAGACAUCACGAACAUUCAGGUGAUUUUCAAAGCUGUCGAAAAUGCAAAUCCUUUGCAAUGUUCUCAGGCCAAGAAAUGACUAUGAAUAACUUGCCGCGUCGUAGAUCUUAAACUCUCUAUUUCUUCAUUGAAUCAAAACAAAUGGAGGAGGCCAUUAAAUAUUUUUACUGCUCUAAAUAUUAAUAUAAUUCCUUUAUCUCCCAGACUAUAAUACCCUACGUGAAAAUGCCGUGCUGAGUGGUUAUAUUACUACCUUAAAAAAUAAGCAGAAACUCGACGUUUCGAGCGAAGGCCCUUGUGCAAUUUUCUGCAGUCUAAAGUUUCAUGUUGUCUGCACAUGUAGUUUCAUUGGAGACACAAUUUCCCUCCUGACAAAUCCGGAAAUGGUCAAGAUAGUGACUCUGAUUGGUGUUACGUAUUGUAUUGAUAUAUAUAUGACUGUUGACAUUGUUUUUUUGUCUCCAAUAUUUGACGAAGGGCCUUCGCUCGAAACGUCGAGUUUCUGCUUAUUUUUUAAGAUAGUAAUAGAACCACUCAGCACAGCAUUUUCACAUUGGUGCUACCCACACUGGUACAGACAGUUUUAUAAUAUUCUACGUAUUUCUUCAUACUUAGAUUAUUCAGUGGAACGUGAACAUGGAGGAUUACGUCGUAUCGCGGGUUAUGGUGUCACGGUGACGCGAGGUGCUGCAAGUGCUAUGAUGUUCACAUAUUCCUCGCUCUUGGUCACCAUGUGUCGAAAUCUCAUUACCUUCUUACGAGAAACGUUUUUUGGACAUUAUGUACCCUUUGAUUCGAACGUUUUGUUCCAUAAAUAUAUCGCAUUAUGGGCUUUCUUGUUUACAGGUACAUGUUCAAUACACUAUAUUUCGAGAUCACCUUUACUGGACCUCUAGCGAGAACAGUUUCGAACUGAUAGAGCUAUCCAGUAUAAAUAAAGUUAGUUUAGUGUAUGUUACCUCUUCUGGUCACACUGGAUCAAUAAGAGAUGACUCUUACUGGACCUCUAGGAAGAACAGUUUAGAACUGAUAGAACUAUCCAGUAUAAAUAAAAUUAAUUUAGUUUAGGUUUCCUCCUGUAAUAACACUGGGUCAAUAAGAGAUCACCCUUACUGGACCUCUAGGGAGAACAGUUUAGGACUGAUGAGCUACCCAUAUAAAUAAAGUUAAUUUAGUUUCGGUUUCCUCCUGUAGUAACACUGGAUCAAUAAGAGAUGACCCUUACUGGACCUUUACCGAAAACAGUUUACAACUGAUAGAACUAUCCAGUAUAAAUGAAGUUAGUUUAAUUUAGGUUUCCUCCUCUGUUCACACUGAAUCAAUAAGAGAUGAUAAUUUCUGUACCUCUAGAAAGAACAGUUUAGAAGUGAUAGACCUAUUCAGUAUAAAUAAAGUUAAUUUAGUUUAGGUUUCUUCCUGUAAUAACACUGGAUCAAUAAGAGAUGACCCUUACCGGACCUCUAGGGAGAACUGUUUAGAACUGACAGUAUAAAUAAAGUUAGUUUAAUUUGGGUUUCCUCCUGUAGUGACACUGGAUCGAUAAGAGAUAUAUGACUCUUACUCCAAACAUUUUCUGAUUUUUUUCUGGUAAUUCAAACACAAAGCGUUGUACUGUAUUGUAAAAUACAACCCACGCUGUCCAUAAUUUACGUUUUCAUUCCUUUUCAGUGGUUCAUUGUAUUGGCCAUGCAAGCAAUUUCUACCACAUUGCUACACAGCCACCAAAUGAUUUGACUUGUCUGUUCAGAAACUAUUUCCACAGGUACGCCAAUCUUUCUAGUCCAGGGAAGACAAUUAUAUUGUAA